UCCAGGCCAUGUGAAAACAUCCAAGAAAAAGAUAGAAUUUAGGAUAACUAGAGGAGUGAUAAUUGGAAAGAUCUUCUGUCAAAUGACUCUAUAUCUCCCACUUCUCCAAUUCCUCCAUUUUUCAGGUUGUCCAUAAAAGGUGCCAUGAAUUUGUAAAUUUUGCUUGUCCUGGUGCAGAUAAGGGUGUUGACAGUGAUGUUUGACCCCAGACAGCAACACAGAUGGAAAGUAACUACAGUUUCUUCCCCAACAUUUUGUGACCAUUGUGGAUCUCUUCUAUAUGGACUAAUCCAUCAAGGAAUGAAAUGCCAACAUUGUGACCAAUAUGGUGGGGAUUUUUAUAUGUUUAAAUUGAGUUCCGUUUUGAGCAUUUGGGGUCGAAAGGAAGUGGAUUUCUCACAGAUUUAA